AUGGCGAAUGUGCAAUUAGUUAUUGGCGGGCCAUAUGGUGGUCCAGGAGGAAAGCAUUGGGAUGAUGGAGGAACCCAUACCACUGUAAGGAAACUAAUUGUACAAUUUAGAUCAGAAGAUUUUUUCCAACCAAGACACCAUGGGUAUAGUCCUCAAAAAUAUCUUGUAGUGAAAUCCCUUACAAUCCAAAGCAAUGUGAAGCAAUAUGGACUAUAUGGUGUGGAAGAAGGAACUCCUUUUAUAACACCGGUAGUUACUGGCAAGAUUGUUGGAUUCUUUGGACGGAAUGCUGGUUAUUUAGAUUCAAUUGGAGUAUACGUUAAGCCAAUCCUAGUUGUUGGUAUAGUUGUUGGUCCAUUUGGAACUACUGCUGGACAGCAGUGGGAUGACGGAAAGUAUAACACAGUAAAGGAAUUAAAUAUACACUUCGGAAGUCUAAUUAAUUCCAUCCAAGUUGUGUAUGAUAUUGAAGGAAAACCAAUAUUGGGAGAAAAACAUGGUAGUGAUGGCGGAACACUCAACAUGGAUAGGUCUGCUUCAGGACAGUGUCUUAUGGUUUUGUGGGGUCCAAUCCAUUGGCUUGAGGGCACAGACUUGUCAGGCUGUGGAUUCGUCACUAGUGUUGUUGUUUUUAGCGUUUUCAGAUGUAGGAGUCGUUGGUUUUGCUAG